AUGACAAGUCUCCCACAGCACAGCGAGAAUGUGGAAGAGGAACUGCACAGAAUAGAGCUAGCUCUAAAGACAAUAUACUCUCCGUCAUCAUCCUCAAGUCCGAAUCUUUCAAAUCCUUCCAAUCAGCAAUGGUGGGAACAACGGCAACUCGCUGACCGUUACUUGACAAGUUUCCAGGGCACUGAAGUCUCGUGGAUGGUUUGUGACUGUAUUUUACGGGAAACAGACGCUCCGCUGAAUCCUCUACAACAACAGCUGGAACAGCAACAACGUCGCUUCUUUGCUGCUCAAACGUUGCAUACAAAAUGUCGAACAGACGCCUAUCAACUUCCCGCGUCUUCGCUUCCUUCAUUGCGAGAUUCACUAGUCAACAAUUUAAACCGAUACACAGCGGUGGGAAACAUGGCACUUACCAAUCGAUUGGCCAUGUGUAUCUCUGCGCUAUCGGUACAGAUGGCAUGGUCAACAAUUGUCAAUGAUUUGAUGCAAUCCUCAGCCCAAAACAGCACUUUAGUUCUACAUGUAUUGAAGGUGCUCCCAGAAGAGUGUGCCUCGGACCGUCUGAUUUUGGUAGAUGAAAACUUUCGAUUUCAAAUGCGAGAUCACUUGGUUGCAAGUUCUGCAAUGGUUUUCAAGUUUCUUGAAACUUCCAAUUGUCCGCCAACCACUAUUUAUGAAGUUUUUCGUUCUUGGAUUCGUUACGUUCCUGUCCAGGCCCACGUCAUCAUGGCAUCGCCAUUGCUUGAGGCUACCAUCCGAAAUCUUGUGGAGCCUGCCCACUUGGAACUCGCGUCGGACGUCUUGGUGGAGAUCUUGAGAAUGUAUCCUUCCCACGUGCCACAAAACCAAGGUCUUGUUCAAAGAAUGAUUCCAAUGCUAUCCAGCCUACCAUUUGAUCAAGCGAUUCGCUCGGAAGACGAAGAUGUGUUGCGUGCUUAUUGCCGUAUCAUUACUGAGAUGGGUGAAUCGUACUUGAGCCUAAUAUUAUCAGUCCAAGACACUCAAGCAUCAUCAAUUGUCGACUGGGUUCUUCGAUGUUCGGCUAUUGCAGAAACAGAAAUUGCUAGUAUUACACUCCAUUUUUGGUAUCGAAUGGUACUGGACCUUGAAAGCGUUGAUCCAUAUGAUGUUCGCCAAGAGUUGGUUGAUCGUUAUGCAACACAGUUGCUGAACCUCAUUGAUAUAUGCACUUCGAGCCUCAUGAAAUACCCAGAAGACUACAACGAUCUGGCUCCAGACCGCGUUGACGAUCUAGAGAGAGACCGAUUCUAUGUAUCAGAGACAGUUGAAGAUUGCUGUCGACUCCUUGGUGGCCAGAUCGUAUUGCAACGACUUGGCCACUUGCUUCAAACUGAAGGGAACCGUGUGGGUGCCAAUAUCAAUUCAAAUUGGCAGGGAAUUGAGUCCUGCUUUGCUUGUAUACUGGCAGCCAAUCGUUUCGUGGCAAGCGACGAAGCCGAUGUGCUUCCAUUUUGCUUUGCUCUGAUACCAAGACUACCUGCAGAUGUAGAGCCUCUUCGAUACACCACGAGCAAGAUGAUUGGAAAGUUUGCAUCCUGGCUCUCAGAGCAUCCUCAAAUCCUUCAACCACUGAUGCCAUAUCUUGCACAAGGCCUUUCAAUAAAAACAUGUGCACCUGCUGCAGCUGUAGCAAUCAAGGAGUUGUGCGAAUGCUCAAACCAGAAAAUGUCAAUGGGUGAGCCAGUACUACAGCUGUACAACGAGAUUAGUGCCAAACCUGGAAGCUUGGAUUUAAAGGACGAACUCGAAGUCCUAGAAGGGGCAUGCCGCGCUGCAUCACGUCAAUUCAGAGAGACUCAAGAUAAUAUUGCCGCUUUUGUCCAACGCAUUGCCCAGCCAAUUGGAGCAAGACUCGCAGCGAGUCUCAGCAACGAGAGCUGCAACGUGAGGCAACAUGUGAUCCCCGAAAUUGAGCGACUUACGGUCAUCGUUCGCUUCCUUGCAAUACCGUCUACGCAACCGCCUCAUCCGAUUAUUGAGCUCAUAAAAUCUAGCUGGGCUUUGUUGCAUGCUGCCUCGAAUCGCUUCCCACUAAGCACUGACUUGGCGGAGAAGAUUUGCCGAUUGCAUAAACACACACUCAGAGCUGUUGGCCCCGUCGCCUAUGCGCCCAUGCUUGAUGCCUUGAUGGAAGAACUGGUAAGAAGCUUUGAACGCUCAAGACAGUCUCCCUUCCUCUAUGCUGCUAGUAUUUGUGUGUCAGAGUACGGAAGGGACCCAUCAUGUGCUCGAAAGCUGUUUGACAUGGUCAGCGCAUUGGCAGCCGCUGCAUUCACCUUCCUUCGCGACUUGAACGACUUGACACAUCAUCCUGAUGUUGUUGAAGAGUUCUUCUACUUGAUGGGACGCAUGGUAUCAUACUCACCAGACCUUCUCGUUGCAAGUCCUCUGCUACCAUCACUGUUCCAAUGUGCUAUAGUUGGGAUGCAGUUGGAACACAAAGAUGCCAAUAAGGGAACACUGAACUUCCUGGAGAAUACAAUAACCUUUGGACUUUCUCUCCGUGAACGAAGCCAGCCACAGUGUCAGCAGUCUCUAGGACAGGUUCUUCUAUCUGAAGGACCAGGUAUCGUGCGCAACUUGAUCCUUUCACUCAUCGGUGAUCUUCCAGCAUACAGCAUCGACCGUGGCCACGGAUCUAUUUCAGGUAUCCUUUGGAAGCUGAAUAUGUUAUUGCCUCCUCAAACAUUGCAGUGGGCAAAGGCUUCUUUGGCAAAUGUACCUGAGCAGAUUUGUGCAGAGUUCUUGACUGCUUUGAACAGGCCUUUGGAUAGUGGACUUGCCCGUCAAGAUUUUGAUGGGGUGGUACUACGAUUUAUGGACGCUUGUUUACGGCAUCGCAAGCUACAGAAGAGGCGUCCUUGA